UGAGCUCUACCCAUGGCUUUAUUUUCAUGAAUGAGGUAAGCAAACUUCCUCAACUUCGUAAUAAUUGAGAAUAGAUAAUGGUUGAGAGGUUAGGCAGUAAAUGGUAAAAGGUGGUGAGAUAAUUGAUAAACCCUUCUCUUAAGCUCUGUGCUCCUUAGUUGCCUGAUUUAUUUUGACUAAAUUUAUUUUAUGACACGACUGGAAGUACAGGUGAACAUUGGGAUGUCUUUGACACCAGGAAACUCAGAACUACUUCGUUCUAAGCUCACUCCUGCAGCUUAUCAUGAAGCUCUUCUGACAGGUCGACGCUUCAAUGUAAUGGAGGCCAAAGAAGCAGGAUUAGUUCAUGCAUGGCAUGCAAAUCCCAUAGAGGCUCUACAUAGUGGACUAAACAAAGCUGUGGACUAUGCAUCCAGGAAAUGGAACAAGAAUGUUUAUCAAGCUUUGAAAAUGGAGAUAUUCAAGAAAGUUGUGUGGGAGAUGGAGCAAGGCGGUCUUGGAUUUGCAAGAAUGUAAAACCUGAAUACUUAAGGAAGUAGACCUCCUCAUAUAUGUUCAGAUAAUAUGUAAAACCAUUAUGGCAUGCAAGAUCUUCUUAAUGCAAAAUAAGAAAAUAGA